UAAACUAUACAAUGGUAUCUCACUUUGACAUUGCGUAACAAUGUAUUUUUACGGCAACAGUCUCCAGUAUUUUUGUAAUGCAUGUAUGCAUGAAGAAUUCUUUAUUUCAAGUCAUUUAGUCACCAAAUAUACAAAUGUAGACAUUCCCCGAGGCUAUACUGUUAGAUGAUAAUUUGGUUGACACACUUGACUAAUUAUGCACAGUUUUGCGAUGCGAGAUAAAAGUGAUUGAGUUGGUAGAUCAUAUUCACAAUUUCCCUGGAAAUGAUUUAUUUAAGCCUUAUUAAACAUCACCGUCAGUGAAAUAAUCCACUCGGAGGAUGGUCAGGAUUAGCCACACACCGCGAACAAAGCCCGUGAAUUAUGAUUUUUCCUCCCUCUCUUCAGUCAUGUUCGCCAGUCGGGGAAUGCAAAAUACCUGUCUAUAUAUAAUACGCAUUCAUGGAAAGUCACGUAUCAAUAGUCAGAGGUUGUGUGACUAAACACUCGAGUCCAGCGAUGGAGUGUAGUUGUGGUAGGCCUUUCCGGAGGAAUUACACAUCAAGUUUACAAAGGACGUUCAGCAGUGGGAGUAGUGACUUGUCCCCUUGUGGGUUUUUAUUUUAAUUGGUGAAGUAUUCUGGAGGAUGUGCCGAUCAGGAAGUGGAUGGCUCGUGAGCCUCGUGAGUUUUCUAUUCGUUUUGAAAUUCGGAAGCUCAAAUGUAUUUUUCAAGUGCUGCGGUGAGGGAUUUGCUCUUGAUGAUGAUUUCAACUGCCAGCGAGUUCCUGACAAUGUGAGAGAGGAGUCGUUGAUGCUGGGUAAUGACUCUCAGGGGGUUUUGGAAAAAUGUCCGGAUAUAAUUCACACCAAAAAAAUUCAAGAAGCCAACGACACCGAGCUAUCCUGCAUGGGAUUCCUGAUGAAUGGAACAGUUGUCACCUCAAUCUGCGAUAAAAUGUUGAGCAAUCAGACGUAUGAACACUGCGAUAGCCCAUUUAAAUUGUUGAGUUUCUGGGGAGCAUCGAUGGUGACAUCUGCCACAAUGAUUUACACCCUCCCUUAUCUACUAGUAGUUAUCGUUUACUGCACGUACGCCGAUCUUCGAAAAAGGGCAUACGAUAAGUCCCUGAUAUGCUACAAUUCAUCGUACGCAAUUCUCAAUCUGAUGCUGAUAGUACUGGGAUUCUUCGAGCUGUGCCACAGACAGUUACCUGACUUUGUGUACGGUAUAUGUGGAUCGGUGGUGGUGUACUUCAUUCAAGCCUCUUGCAUGUGGCUGUUCAUUCUCUGCUUCGAUAUGACCCUGGUUAUCACUCGAUUCCGAUGGGCGCCGUCCAGCGAUUCCAAAGCGCGAAGUGAGAGGCGAAAAUUUAAGGUCUACUCGCUCUUGAACUGGGGAUUAUCAGUUAUACCUGCUGUUGUAGUAGUGAUAACAGAGUUCACACCGACGCUACCCAAGGAUUCGCCGGUGAGACCGAAUUUUUCAAAUUUUCAUGGACCUCCGAACAAAUCAUUGCUGAUUUACACACUUGCGUUACCCGUUAUCACGCUCCUGACGAAUACUGUUCUCUUCGUAUACACGAGCUAUCGGAUGCUCAAAGUGAAGAAAGAUAACAGAAUAUUAAAUCAGAGUAGUAUGAGAAAUGCGAAGAAAGAGUACUUUGUGUAUUUAAAAUUGUACAUCAUCAUGGACGCCCCGUGGUUAUCCGGCGCUCUCUCCGCUAUUUAUCCGAGUCUAUGGAUUCUCAAGUUCUUCAGAGUUAUCCAGCCAAUUUUAAUGCUGUAUAUUAUCCUCCCCAAAAAGAGAAUAUUGAAGACAAUUGGGUGCAUGAAGACGCGCCCGGAGAACGAAGUGGAGGAUCGCCGGGGGGAUGGACAUACGAAGAAUAAGAAAAAAGAUGUACAACCGCUUAAUGACCAUCAUGAGUGCUGAUUUCAAUUAUGAAAGACUGAUUUGAUAAAAUUAUUUGGACUGAUUAGGAAUUAAUUGGCGAGUAUACAGUGUUGUAAUCACAAUAUUUGGAAAUGUGUUUGCAAUGGGUAAUCAAUAUUUGCCUCUAUCUGUGUGCCGAAAGGUCGGUUGAAACUGAACAGGAAUUCAGCAAUUCCCCGCCCGGAAAUGGUUAUAAGCACUGGUGAUAGAGUCUUUAACUAGGUUAUCGGGAGAUUGAAACACUCGGAGCAAUAGUUGGGCCCGGAGUACAUCGAAUUAGUAUAAGAAAUUGUUUUUCCUGAGAUGACUAGAUUUUUUUUAUUCAGCGAUAACUUCAUACUAAUUUCCAUUACAAUAAAUAUACUUUAAGGACUGCGAAAAAAUUAUCGCUUCACUUGGAAUAUAAAUGUAGAAAUUACGUAAUAAGAAAUAAAUAUGAAAAGAUUUUUCAAUUUGUAUUGAUAUUCAAAGAGUUUUGAGAAUAAAAUACACCUGAUCCUCGGAUUUUUUUUUCUGUCCGUGAAAAUGUAAAUGACGGAGUUGGAGGUUGAACUUUUGGCGUUAUAGGGGAGUAGAAGAGAAAAUUGAAAAUCGA